GCCUCGAUGUAGCAUUACUUCCGGGCUGAAGGCUGCCUUGCAAACAUCAACAUGGACCCUAACAAAAUAGAAGAAGACACUAUGGAUAAUGAUGGAGAAAUGGCCUCCGUCAUGGGAUUCUCGGGCUUCGGUAAGAAGGCUCGCACAUUUGACCUGGAUGCCAUUUUCGAAACGACUCGAAGAACCGCCAUUGAAAGGAGUCAGCAUGUAUUAGAAGGACGACAGAAAGAUGACGGAGCGGCGAGCUCUCAGUCCAAGAAGCCUGUAGCCCAUUUAAAGAAACCUGCAGGACCUGCAAAACCCAAGAAACUGCAAAGUAAGAGCAGCAGUGACAGUGAUUCAGACAGCGACUCAGAGCUCAUCGGACCCCCGGUUCCGCCCCCGCAGGAAGAGGACCAGGAGGAUGACGAGGAGAUGGUGGGGCCGCCGCUACCCCCAGGUUACACAGGGAGUACGGCUCAGGAGGACGAAGACGAUGACGAUGAUGAUGACGAGCCGGGAGAAGAUGAGGAUGAUAAUCCAGUGAAGAAGAUUCCAGACACCCAUGAAAUCACCAUGCAGCACGGCGCGAAAACGGUCUCAGCGCUGGCUUUGGACCCCUCCGGAGCCCGCCUGGUUACCGGGGGAUUCGACUACGACGUACGCUUCUGGGACUUUGCGGGAAUGGACCAGUCGUUGCAGGCUUUCAGAUCCCUGCAGCCCUGUGAAUGCCACUCGAUCAAGACCCUGCAGUACAGCAUCACAGGCGACAUGCUGCUGGUGGUCUCUGGCAACGCCCAGGCCAAGAUCCUUGACCGCGAUGGCUUCAACGUGAUGGAGUGCCCCAAAGGCGAUCAGUACAUCGUGGACAUGGUCAACACCAAGGGUCACACCGCCAUGUUGAAUAGUGGCUGUUGGCACCCCAAGAUCAAGGAGGAGUUCAUGACCUGCUCCAAUGAUGGCACGGUGCGCACGUGGGACGUGAACAACGACAAGAAGCACAAGUCGGUGUUCAAGCCCCGCACCUUCCAGGGGAAGAAGGUCACGCCCACCUGCUGUGCCUACAGCCGCGACGGCAAGCUCAUCGCCGCCGGCUGCCAGGACGGCAGCAUCCAGAUCUGGGACCGCAACCUCAGUGUCCACACAAAGUUCCACUGCAAGCAGGCCCACACCCCGGGCUCCGACCCGUCCUGCCUCGCCUUCUCCUACGAUGGCACCACUCUGGCCUCUCGCGGAGGUGACGACACCCUGAAGACCUGGGACAUACGUAACUUCAAGAAGCCUCUGAAUGUGGCCACCGGGCUCACCACCUACUUCACCAUGACAGACUGCUGUUUCAGCCCCGACGACAAGCUGGUGCUGACGGGCACGUCAGUGAAGAAGAACGAAGGCAACGGGAAGCUGGUGUUCUUCGACAGAGCCACCUUCCAGAAGGUCUACGAGGUGGAAGUGACCAACGCAAGUGUAGUCCGCUGCCUGUGGCAUCCUAAGCUGAACCAGAUCAUGGUGGGCACCGCCAACGGACUGGCCAAGGUGUACUACGACCCGCUCAAGAGCCACAGGGGCGCUAAGCUGUGCGUGGUGAAGAGCCAGCGGAAGGAGAGACAUGCAGAAACACUCACGCAGGAUUACAUCAUCACACCCCACGCCCUGCCCAUGUUCCGCGAGGCCCGGCAGCGCAGCACCAGAAAGCAGCUGGAGAAGGACCGCCUGGACCCCAUGAAGUCCAACAAGCCCGAGCCCCCGGUGUCCGGACCAGGUCGCGGUGGUCGCGUGGCGGCUCACGGGGGCACCCUGUCCUCCUUCAUCGUGAAGAACAUCGCCCUGGACAAGACGGACGACAGCAACCCAAGAGAGGCCAUCCUCAGACACGCCAAGGAGGCCUCAGAGAACCCCUAUUGGGUGGCCCCCGCCUACUCAAAGACCCAGCCAGAGACCCUGUUCCACGAGGACUCGGAGGAGGACGAGGAGGCCGACAAGGAGCCCGAGUGGAAGAAACGCAAGAUCUGAACACAGGCGGACACACGUCGGCCAUCUUUAUCUGUGUUUUUAUACGCCUGAGGCUCCAUCUCUACGGCUCGGGCUCCGUUAAUUGAACGCAAAAGCAUUUUCCGUCGGGCGUUUUUGGUGGAUCCCAUGCGUCGAGUAGAAGAUAUUGUUUUGAUGUAAUUUUUGUUACUGGAAUAUUGUCCUAUUUUUUUAUUGUCUCUGCCCCCCCCCCCCCCCCCCCCCCCCCUCCCGGAUUUGCUGAUGCCUGUUUAAUGGAGGCCAGAUUUUGUGGUCUGUGAGCAUUCGACUUUUAUGAGCAAUUUAUGGGCAGUAUGGGAUACUUCUCAACGUGUUUGCAAAUUGAAUGUUAGACUUGAUAUAAAGAGGCCCCAAUGUUUUUACCGCGUUGAAUAGCAGGUGGGUCAUUUGUUUCACAUUAAAAUCAUCUUUUUAUAAAUAUAU